AAGAAUGUCCUAUCCUUCGACUUGUUCACAAAAGAUUUUUGUUUCCCUCCAAUCCAAUUACACAACCUCAAUUACCAUUUCCCCAUCAAUCCAAUUUCUCCUAUCCCCUUCCAGAUAUAUAAACCAACCCAAAAUUCAACCAAAUCAAAAUAUCCAUUUCUCUUCAAUCUUCACUAAUCUUAACCCUAAUUCUCAAUUCUUUCUCUUCUCAUGGAACUUUAUUCUUCUUCUUCGUCUUAUUUAUGCAAUAGAUAUAUUUCACCUCCCAUUCGGUCAACACCUCAUCCUCUCUCAAUUCCAUCCACCACUGUCUCACUCUCCCUCCACAAGAAUCCUAAUUUCGCCUCUUGCUUUCGCUUGAUUCGCCGGAGAAACUCAUCUUCCUUUCGUGUUUCUAGCUCCGAUACCUUGGUGGCCGGCUCGCACGAAGUUGUCAGCAAGAAAGACGAGGUGUCUGGUGACUUGAAAUCUUGGAUGCACAAGAAUGGAUUGCCUCCUUGUAAAGUUGUUCUUAAAGAAAAGCCUUCGCAUGAUGACAAACACAGGCCUAUACAUUAUGUUGCCGCCAGCGAAGAUCUUCAGGCCGGUGACGUGGCGUUCUCCGUGCCCAAUUCGUUGGUUGUGACGCUUGAGAGAGUGUUGGGGAAUGAGACCAUUGCGGAGCUAUUGACUACUAAUAAGUUAUCGGAGCUGGCAUGCUUAGCUUUGUAUCUAAUGUAUGAGAAGAAGCAAGGGAAAAAGUCAUUCUGGUAUCCAUAUAUCAGAGAGCUUGAUCGACAACGAGGGAGAGGCCAAUUAGCUGUGGAAUCCCCACUUUUAUGGUCAGAAGCUGAAUUGGCUUACCUGACAGGUAGCCGCNUUUUUUUUUUCAUAUUUGGGUGA